AAGAUAAGCGUUUAUUUCUUGGACGUCGUUUACACCUUAUAUGCGAUUACAAUUCUAUAAAUCUUUGAUUCUACCGUAAACAAUAAUUAUUGUUAUUCUUGAACCCGGAUAGACUAUAUUAACAUACUCUACAAAUACAUACAUCCACUUCGGAGAUAUUCGAAUUCCUUGAAGACAAAACAUAUAGAUUUUAUUAUUUAUUUGCUUUUUUCUAAGUUUGAUCUUUUGGGACACCCCUCCGUGGGACCCGGCUAUGACCUACGGACUUUGACUCCGAAGAUAAAACAGAUAUUGUGAUUUGUACUGGGUUUUGAGUAAAUUUGUUGAAUAUCUGUCUUGUCGGUAGCUUUUUUUCUUGAAAACUAUUUGGCAGUGUAGGCUCUACAUUUUAGAGGUGUUUGGUGAAUUCGUUUAGUCACAUGGAUUUCUAUUGAAUGAGGAAGUAGUGUAAAAAAGUGUUUUUAAACAGUGUUUGUUAAGAAAAAUAAAAGGGUAACUAUUAAUGUGAUUUCGAAACAAUGGUUGUUGUUGGUAAUAAUGGAUCCCUCGUAGUCUACACCCUCAUGUAUGUUAUGAACCAAAGCGUCAUACAAGAUGACAGAUCAUAUAAUUAUUAUCUAAUGCAGCUUGGCAAAGAAACCCCAGCUGAACGAUGUUAUGGUAUGUACGGAUGUUUUAAGUUGGAUUCUCCAUGGACGUCAGAACAUAGACCUGUAUCGCUAUUCCCUAGUGAUAUUAGGGAAAUUGAUCCAAAUUAUUUUCUACACACAAGAAGUAAUCCGGAGAAGGGUGUCCAUAUCGAUGUCAACGAAUAUGAAUAUGUAUCAAACUCUAAUAUCGAUGUCACUAAACCUAUUUAUGUUAUAACUCACGGAUACAUGGAAGGUGGAAGCAUCCAUUGGAUACAAAGAAUGGUCCAAGAACUACUUUCUGUAGAAGAUUGUAAUAUUAUAAUAGUAGAUUGGCAUGGCGGGUCCAGUCCACCUUAUACUCAAGCAGUAGCAAAUAUAAGGUUAAUAGGUAGAAUGACAGCUCAUUUACUAGGAGACAUAGCUCAGCAUACAGAAAGGUAUAGCUUGGAACAUGUCCACUGUAUUGGACAUUCUCUUGGUGCCCAUUUGUGUGGAUAUGUAGGCUAUACAGUUCAAGAUGAAUUUAAUUUAACUCUAGGCAGGAUCACGGGGCUGGACCCGGCGGAGCCCCAUUUCGCAAAGACACACAGGCCUGUCAGACUUGAUCGGAGCGCGGCGCAAUACGUUGACAUCAUACAUACAGACGCCACCCAGUUUAUCACGGGAGGUCUGGGAAUCACAGAGAGUAUAGGUCAUGUCGACUAUUUUCCAAACGGUGGAAACAGACAGCCUGGUUGUGAGAAAAGCGUUGUUCAAUUUAUAAACGACCAAAAGGGCAGCUUUUUUAAUGGAAUGAAAAAGUACCUUGGGUGCAACCACGAAAGAUCGCACCAACUGUUUAUUGAAACUAUCAACCCUAAAUGUACUUUUUUGUCUGUGAUGUGUACAUCAUAUCAGGACUUCCUAGAUGGAAAUUGUUGGGGCUGUGGAAAAUACGGGGAAAGGUGUAUACAGUUUGGCCACCAAGGAAUGAAGUACUAUAAUAAAUAUUACGGUCCUGGCUUGACAAAAAGUUUAAAUCAGUAUCUGCUUACUGGAAGCAAGAGGCCUUAUUGUAAGGGUCACUAUAGGAUCGGCGUUAGAGUAUCUGACAAUGAGGAUAGUAAAAAACAUGGCGGUGAGAUUGGACAGCUGGUUCUUACAAUUCAUAAUACGACUGAUGGUACCGGUCACAAAUCGCAUCCUGUCGGAUUUAUCGGUGGCUACUACGAACCAGGUGGAUCUUAUAUGCGAGUGGUAGCCACAGACGAAGUUAAACAUUUGAGAGCCAUUGAAAUCGAAUGGAAAUACAACAGCAGUAUAUUCAAUCCUCUAACGUGGAGAUUGUUGACCACACCGAUGAUUUAUUUGACCGAUGUAGUGGUGGAAUCUCUUGAAGGUCAACAAAAAAUCACUGUAUGCCCCAAGGAAAAGAAACCUCUCGUCACUGGCUCUCCACAGCUCAUGAUUCCUACUUAUUGUUGAAUAACGAAGAUCAUCCCUACGCAAAACGAAAAGUCAAUGCAAGAAGAAGUGAUAUAUAAAACUAAGAGUAUAUUUUAUGUAACGAAUUUCGUCCUAUCACAAACCAUUCCUGAAAACUUUUUAUUUCAUCCCAUUCUAGUAUUUAUUGUAAUUUAAGGUAAAUAAGAAUAUUUUGUUUAAGUUUUACUAUUUUUAUUGUGAAAUAAUAAAACAAAUUUAUGUUAA